AUGAUCCCAGGAGACGCAGACCAUCUGAGUUACCCGAACGACUCCGCCCACAAUCGUUUUCGUAUCGGAGCGAGGAGCAAAGCAGUUAGUAACCCGUCUCGGGAGCACACUAACACACUCAAUCCGACUAAAGAAAUGGCUUCCCCAGUGCCACCAACACAGCAAGAAGCUGGACUCAAGAUUGCCGCAGUUGAAGUUCCAAGCAAUGAAUCUCUUGAAAGAAGAACUCGCGAUGGUAAAUGGACUCUUCGUCAACUUCGUCAAACCGAUGCAAUGGUCCCACUUCAAUCGGGAACCAACCAGUUUGACAGUCAAAGAGGAAAAACUGGCUUUGGAAUGCCACGUAACACACAGACAAAAGUUGAUUUUGCUGAUCACGACAAGCAAUGGCUAAUUGAAGAACAAAAACAAUAUUCUGAUGCAAUUGUUCGACUUCAAUCAGGAACAAAUCAGUUUGAAUCUCAAAAGGGAAAAACUGGUUUCGGAAUGCCACGUAAUACACAGACUAAAGUGGAAUUCGCUGAACACGGAGCUCGAUGGGCGGUGGCUGACAACUCAGCUCACGACUCAAUCGUUCGUCUUCAAUCUGGAACUAAUCAAUAUGAAAGUCAAAAGGGAAUGACUGGAUUCGGUACUCCACGUGACGUCAAAGGAAAGCAUUUGAAGAGAAUUUGGGAACUUGAAUUCCCAGAAGAAGCAGCUGAUUUCCAGCAGCAACCAGUCAAUGCUCAACCACAAAACUAA